CACAACCAUUUGACAAAAGUCUCCUCCUCCUCCUCCUCCUCCUCCUCUCCCCUUUUAACAGAAAGAUUGUGAGAAAUUGCAGAGACAAAUGUUGACCGCUCGAAGUUUGAAGAAAGCGACAGUACCAUCAACCCUGAUAGAGCAUCCAUCUCCCGCCAAUCUUCACUCCAAUCGUCUCUCUCUUCAUGUUAGCGAAGAUGGAACGUCUUGCUGGGUUUAUGUCGCUUCCGGUUGCAAUGUUUAUCGAAUUCUGGUCUCUUUGAAAGAUUCCUUAGUCAACGAAGGAAAAGAUAGCCUUCUUAUACCCGAACAAACUCAGGUUGUGGAGUCUGCAAUAGUGAAUCGCUGCCCUCAUCGAUCGGAAAUUCAGACAAUAUUAUUGAAUGAAACUGAGAGUAAUGAUUGCUUAAUAUUGGGAAGCGUUGACUCCUAUGGACACCUUAUUGUUUCCAAAAUGGAUAGUGAUGGUACAGAUGUUGAACGGCUUACAUUUUCUGUAUCACCUCGUGAUUUUGGAGUUGGAGAAGCUGGGUGGGCCGGGCUUUGCUUCAGUCCAAGUCAUUGGUCUACGACUGCUGUGGCACAUAGCUUUGGCAAAAGUAUUGAUGUAUAUGACCAAGAUCUACAUCUUCGUACUUUCCGUACAUUAUGGUACCCUACUGCAGUGAGCUUUUUACAGCAUUUAGACAGUGGAAAUGAAAGCUCAAUAUUAGCUGUUACAGAAGGCUGCCAGCUGUCAAUAUGGGACCUGAGAGUAAAAGAAAAAGGUGGCUGUGUGCAUCGAAUUUGUGGUUCAGUUGGAGACAUACUAUAUGCAGUUUGCAACUCCUCAACUGGUAAUAUUGCAGUUGGUGGAGCAGACCGUACUUUGACCGUUUAUGAUCCUCGCAGAUGGGCAGCUGUGGCACGAUGGGUCAACUGCUCGAAAUACGAGAUAACUGGGCUAUCUUUCUCGUCAGUUGACCCUGAUUAUGCCUACAUCCAAGGAGUUGACUAUGAGGUAUUUUGCGGACAAUGGAAAGAAAACAUAAAAACUUUUUCAUUUAGAGGAGAUUCAAAUUGGCUUGGGUUUAGUAAGUGUCAGAAGAGGGAUGUGUUGGGAGGAUGGUGUGAUUCAGGCAGCGUUUUUAUAGCCGAUGUAGUCUAAAGAUGAAGCCCAGGCCACCCAAGGUUAGUUGUUUCAGAUGUAUUUUCGUUUCUUUAGGGUAAUGUAGCACCAGCAAUGGGGAGCACAGAUAAGGGCGUUGCAUCAGGUUACUUCAAUUUUGGUUGUGUGUUGUGAAAAACGAUCAUGUUUUGGAUUCUGUUAUGGUAAAGUAAUGUUUGUUGAUGUCACA